CAUCUCGUAUCUCCAUACUCCAUACCCAGAUUCCAAGAUCCGCUUCUUCCUCCCUUCUUGUUGAGCCUUCUCAACAAACACACGGUAACCACAGCCGGUACCUAUGUACCGAUUCUCCUCUUCUCCCGCGCGCGUUUUCCUCAACAGAGAUCGAUCAGAUGCAACAGCGGUGUCCUAAUUCAUCAAGCCGUAUUGAUCAAUCCACUUCGGUCUGAUCAUACCGUGAUCAAGGCCUUGAUCGAUCCAUCCAUCCAUGGCCAUCAAGGGCAACUCUGGCGAGUACAAGGCGCGGAGCCCGCUGGGCAUGGUGAUCGCCGUCCUGCUGUGCUGCUUCUUCUACGUGCUCGGCGCGUGGCAGCGCAGAGGCUACGGCAAGGGUGACCGCAUCGCGGUGGCGGUGACCCGGCAGACGGCCUGCUCCGGCGCCUCUGCCGCGGGGCUCAGCUUCGAGACGCACCACACCGGCGGCCUGGCCAACGCGACGACGUCCGGCCUUGGCGGCGAGCCGCCGCCGCCGUGCACGGCAGCGCUCGCGGACCACACUCCGUGCCACGACCAGGAUCGCGCCAUGAAAUUCCCGCGCAAGAACAUGGUGUAUCGGGAGCGGCACUGCCCGUCGGACGGCGAGCGGCUGCGGUGCCUCGUGCCGGCGCCGCCUGGGUACGUGACGCCGUUCCCGUGGCCCAAGAGCCGCGACUACGUCCCUUACGCCAACGCGCCGUACAAGAGCCUCACCGUUGAGAAGGCCGUCCAGAACUGGGUCCAGUACGAGGGCGCCGUAUUCCGUUUUCCCGGCGGCGGCACCCAGUUCCCCCACGGCGCCGACAAGUACAUCGACCAGCUCGCCUCCAUCGUCCCCUUCGCCGACGGCUCCGUCCGCACCGUCCUCGACACCGGCUGCGGCGUGGCGAGUCUCGGCGCGUACCUGGACUCCCGUGGCGUGAUGGCCAUGUCGUUCGCACCGCGCGACUCGCACGAGGCGCAGGUGCAGUUCGCGCUGGAGCGCGGCGUGCCGGCCUUCAUCGGCGUCCUCGGCUCCGUCAAGCUCCCAUUCCCUCCAAGAUCCUUUGACAUGGCGCACUGCUCCCGGUGCCUCAUCCCGUGGUCCGGCAACGGGGGGAUGUACAUGAUGGAGGUGGACCGGGUGCUCCGGCCGGGCGGGUAUUGGGUGCUCUCCGGCCCGCCGAUCAACUGGAAGGCGAAUCACAGGAAGUGGGAGCGCGCGGAGGAGGACCUGGCCGGCGAGCAGAAGAGGAUUGAGGAGUACGCGCAGAUGCUCUGCUGGGAGAAGGUCACCGAGAUGGACGAGAUUGGCGUGUGGCGGAAGCGGACGGACACGGCAGCGUGCCCGGCCAUGCCGCCGGAGGUCCGGGCCUGCGACCCGGCCAAUCCCGACGACGUCUGGUACAAGAACAUGGAGACGUGCAUCACGCCGUCCACCACUGCCGCCGGAGGAGAACUGCAGCCGUUCCCGGAACGGCUGAAGGCCGUCCCGCCGCGGAUAAGUUCCGGCGCCGUCCAGGGCUUCACCGCGGAGUCGUACGAGGAGGAGAAGCGACGGUGGGAGAGGCAUGUGAAGGCAUACAGGAAGGUCAACUACAAGCUCGACACCAAGCGGUACCGGAACAUCAUGGACAUGAACGCCGGCGUGGGCGGCUUUGCGGCGGCGAUCUUCUCCCCCAUGUCCUGGGUGAUGAACGUGGUGCCCACCACCGCCGAGCUCUCCACCCUCGGCGUCAUCUAUGAGAGGGGUCUCAUCGGCAUCUACCAUGACUGGUGUGAAGCAUUCUCUACCUACCCAAGAACCUAUGACCUCAUCCAUGCCAAUGGAGUAUUCAGCCUCUACAGGGACAAGUGCAAGAUGGAGGACAUCCUGCUGGAGAUGGACCGGAUUUUGCGCCCCGAGGGCACGGUGAUCCUCCGGGAUGACAUCGACGUCCUGCUACGGGUGGACAAGGUGGCGACGGGGAUGCGGUGGAAGACGAUGAUGGCGAACCACGAGGACAGCCCGCACAUCCGAGAGAAGGUGCUCUACGCCGUCAAGCGCUACUGGACCGCCGACAGCGACAAGAGCUCCCAAGAAAAGAAGGCAACUUCUUCUGAGGUGUGAAAUAUAAUGGUGAGUGAGAUGAGCUGAGCUGAUGCACUGCAACUCAGGAGAUCAGCGUGUGUUUAUUUCAACUUCUUGUGAGUUUCUCUCGAGUGUAGCAGUGAGAUCAGCACGUGUAUUCCUUUUUGAUUACGUCGUGUAGGAUGAACACUUCUUUUCCAUUUUUUCGAGAUGAGAUGGUAGGAAAUAUUCGACACAAAGAUCUACGUACCAUUUUCUGCCCGUCACAGAUUCAAGAAUGUUGUUAUGGCACUCAGAAUUCGCAUUC